AUGGCUCCCUCAAAACCACCCAACCCCACUUCUAAAGAAAUUUUAGAAGAAGCCCUUCAAAUUACUACCUUAAACCUAUACAAUGCAAUGCAAGAGACACAAGAGCAGAUGGAUGUCAGAUUCCACCAAAUCUCUACCGAAUUAUCUAACCUCCAAACAAGGUUUGAUAAUGAUAAAACUGUGGAAGACUCUAGAUUUGAUUCACUCAUGGCAGCUAUUAACAAAAUAGCUACUCAAAAAGAGCCUCAGCAGCUCCUUACAGCCCCUUCUGCUACUGUUCACGAAUCUGGUACAUCAAGCAGAUCUGCUACUGUUCACGGAUCUGGGACCACUGCUGGGUCAACUACUGUUCACGGAACAGUACCUCCGCGUAGCUCUACUACUGUUCAUGGAACAGCAGCCCCUUCAGAAUCCAUCACUCAUACCUUUCUUUACCCAACAGUAAUAAGGCAAGCUAAUUUCCAGACAUCUUUAUCAGACGUGAAGUGUUACUCGACAGAAAAGAUGGAAGACCUUGAACAAGAAAAUCAUGAAUUCCGUGAUGAUGUAACUACUCUUCGUGUCGGUGUGGAAAGAUUGACUGCUUUGGUGGAAAGCUUAGUGGCUGCUCGAAAUCAACCAUCACCUCCCCCAUCUCCUCGUGCCACUCAAAUGCAAACUGAAGUUCAGACUACGGCGAUUUGCGAAGUUUCUACUACUAGUGUUUCUGUGGCUCCUACCACUGGUCCCUCUCACUAUCAGAUGCCUAAUGGAUACCCUGGGGGCAUGUCUUACAACUUUGUGCCAGAGGGAUACCAUCCUGUUACUGGAACUACUCAAGUUACUCCUGUAAUGACUAUGACUCCACCUCUGGUACAUACCGUGCCACAAGCUGGGGCACCCAUUUACCAAGUUGAGCCCAAUGAAAGAAAUGAAGCUUAUGAUAAUUUCCAAGACCAAUUCCAAGAGAUGCGAAAGGAGAUUAAGGCCCUCAAAGGGAAGAAUCCAUUUGGAAAGAAUGCUUAUGAUAUGUGUCUUGUGCCAAAUGUGAAAAUACCUGCCAAGUUUAAAGUGCCUAAUUUUGAAAAGUAUAAAGGGAAUUCGUGUCCUCAGAGCCAUUUGACCAUGUAUUGUAGAAAGAUGGCCACUCAUACCGAUGAUGAUAAUUUAUUGAUCCACUAUUUUCAAGAUAGUCUAACUGGUGCUGCUUUGAAAUGGUACAUGGGAUUGGAUAGUACUCAUAUCAGUUCUUUUGAUGACCUUGUUGAAGCGUUCAUUCGACAAUACAAGUAUAAUGUUGACAUGGCUCCUGAUAGAGACCAACUCCGAGCCAUGACACAGAAGGAGAAAGAGUCUUUCAAAGAGUAUGCACAAAGAUGGCGUGAGGUUGCUGCCCAAAUCUCUCCUCCUGUGGAAGAAAGAGAGAUGACCAAAAUAUUUUUAAAGACUCUAAGCUCAUUUUACUAUGAGAGGAUGGUUGCCAGCGCUCCGACCGACUUCACUGAAAUGGUGAAUAUGGGAAUGCGACUAGAAGAAGGUGUACGAGAAGGACGGUUGACUAUGGAAUCUGGAUCGUCGACUGGAACCAAGAAAUAUGGAAACAACUUUCAGAAGAAGUGGGAAGAUGAAACUAUUGCUUUUACAAUUGAUGCCGCACAAUUCAAGCAACCAUACCAACAGUCGUGGGCAGCUCCUCCUCAUGAUUCUUCAAAGAAUGCUCCUCAGAAUGCAGCUCAGAAUCAGAAUCGUCAACGGAAUCAGAAUAUACCUCAAAGGAACCAACAGAAGGGGGAUCGUCGAAUUGACCCAAUUCCAAUGACCUACGCUCAGCUAUGGCCAUAUUUAAUUGAGAAGAAAGCAAUAGCUCCCAGACCAACUCGACCUGCAAAGUUUCCAUUUCCUAAGGAAUACAAUCCAAACGUCAAGUGUGAUUUUCAUGAUGGGAUAGCAGGUCACUCCAUUGAAGAUUGCAAUAUCCUGAAGGAAAAAGUUCAAGAUCUGGUUGACAAAAAGAUGCUCUCUUUCAAGGAUAUUGGUCCUAUGUCAUGA